AGCGAUCCCAGAGCCCUUCGUCAGCUAGCCGCGCUUUCACAUGCGCUGAUCAGUUGCUGCGAACACAGCUGUUUGAUAUCCUCGGCCUCCUUACCUCCGGACUCAGUUCGACUGCACCUUUUCUUCCUCACCGCGACUGCCACUUCGUUCACUCCUCAGCUUGCUUUCACCACACACUCCCUUCAAAAUGACGAGCUGGGCCAAGCCGUUCACCCUCGACGUUCCCGAGGCCGACCUCGAGCUCUUGCACAAGAAGCUCGAGCUCGCCAGGCUCCCUGACGAGCUCGACGGCGCCGGUUGGGAUUACGGCGCCUCGCUGGCAGAUAUCAAGCGGCUCUCGGAGUACUGGAAGACCUCCUUCGACUGGCGCAAGGCCGAGCGCAAAAUCAACGAGCUGCCCCAAUUCACUACGGACAUCGAGGUCGACGGCUUCGGCUCGCUCAACAUCCACUUCGUCCACCAAAAGAGCGAAGUCGCGAACGCGGUCCCUCUGCUCUUCGUUCAUGGCUGGCCCGGCCACUUCCUUGAAGUCCGGAAGAUGCUCCCGUUCCUGACCCCCGGCUCGCCCGACCAUCCUGCUUUCCACGUCGUUGCGCCAAGCCUUCCUGGUUUCGGCUUCUCUGAGGCGCCCGGAAAGCCCGGCUUUGCCGGACCUCAGUACGCUGAGGUCUUUAAUAAACUGAUGAUCUCUCUCGGUUACGACGAGUAUGUGUAUCAAGCCGGCGACUUGGGUCAUGUUGUCGGCGUCUACAUCGCCAACCUCUACGGACACAAGCACCUCAAGGGAUGGCUCUCGAACAUGCCAAUUUACCGCGUCCCGACGUUCUUCUCCAACCCCCUUCUCUUCCUCGAGAUGCUCACUGCGCCAUUCAACGCGACCCUCAAAGCCCAGUUCGAGACCGCACAGCGCUUCCGCACCCGUGGCAUGGGCUACUUCAUCCUCCAAGCAACCAAGCCACAAACGCUCGGGUACGGCCUUGCGGACUCCCCGCUCGCUGUCCUCGGCUGGAUCUACGAGAAGCUGCACAAGGGCGUGGACAACUACCCGUGGACGGAGGACGAAGUCCUGGAAUGGAUCUCGAUCUACUGGUUCUCGCGCGCGGGCCCGGGCGCGAACGCACGUAUCUACUACGAGCUCACCGGUGGAAACGCACACGGCCUAUUCGAGGGCACGAGCUGGACGUCUGUCCCGCUCGGGCUCGCGUGGUUCCAUCGCGAGCCCGUCAACCUCCCCCGAUCCUGGGCGCAUAUGCUGGGCAAGGUCGUGUUCGAGUCGGAGCACGAGUCUGGCGGGCACUUCGCCGCGUUCGAGAAGCCGGAGGCGAUUGCAAGCGACUUGCGCAAGAUGUUUGGCAAGGGCGGGCCCGCGUACGGCGUGGUUCCGGGCAAGGAUGGGUAUGCUUGAAUGUUGAUCGCGUCGCUGCUUCUAUGUAUUCCG